AUGCCAGUCGCCUUAAAUUGGUCAAGUGAAUCCAUCACUGUACUUGGGUGUCGGAUUGGCAAUGAUGUGGUGCCCGAUUGGGAUUCUCUGCUUACUAAGUUUGAGAGUCAGCUUUCCUUAUGGAAAUCUCGACAGUUGUCGUUCCGCGGCCGAGCACUUAUUGCUAAUGUGCUGGGGCUUAGUCUCUUUUGGUAUCAAGCAACUGUCUUUGAUGUUCCAAAGGUAGUGAUCGCCAAAAUCAAUAAGAUCCUUUUCCCUUUUGUGUGGAACAAAAAGAAGGAGUGGAUGGCUCGUUCGUCUGUCGUUCAGCCUUUGCAUGAUGGAGGUUUGGGUGUCGUGGAAGUCUCACGCAAGGUUUCAUCUCUCCGUACAGCCUGGAUUCGUCACUAUUUUGCUGACUCAGCGCCACAUCCAUGGAAAGUGUUUUUUGAUUUUCAUGUGUCUUUAAUUUUUCCCAGUCAAGAUGUGGCCUCUUUGCUAGCUCGUGACACUAUCCCUGCCUAUCGAAUCAAACGCCUCCCACCAUUCUAUGCUUCUUUAGUUCGUACUUGGGUAGAUCUCAAGGGUGAAAAGGAUGGUCAAUGUUGAAUAAUUCCUCGUCCAGGUCUUGAUCCUCUUCCUAUUGAUCAGGUUUCUGCUCGGAUUAGUUAUUCCCUUCUUGGCAGUUAUAGCUUUGUCGAACAUCGAUCUGUGGUCAAGUUUCGUGAUCUUGGCAUUUCCGUCAACUGGAAAGAAGCCUGGUCCAGUCUUCGUCUUUGGCGUUUUGUUCGCUCCGUUCAAGAUACAUCUUGGCUGUCGUUUCAUGGGAUCCUUCCAACUGCUGAUCGACUGGUGCGUUUUGGAAUGAAUGUCAACCCUUUGUGCUUUUGUGGUCAGCCCGAGACUCUACUUCACCUGUUUACCAUCUGUCCAUUUGGUACAGAGAUCAUCGAGUGGUUCUUGGUGCAGUUACGUCUGUUCAGGCCUACUGCUGUUCUUAAUGAUGCUGCAAUUUUGUUUGGUUUCACCGCCACCUCUCGUGUUCCCGUGGUUUUCACUGCAUUGCUGGGUAUCCUGCGCCAUCAUAUCUGGUUGGCUCGUAAUCGCCAUCGUUUCGAACAUGUUCCUCCAAAUGUCCCGGAAACCAUGCGGAAAGCUCGGUCCACCUUCCGAUUCCUGGUGCGUAUGCAUCGGCGUCAUUGUCGCUCACCUGAACAAUUUGAUAACGAAUGGCUGGUUAAUGGCAUUGUAGCCUCUAUCACUGAUCAGGGUUGGAUUCGGUUCAAUCAUGAUUUCAUCACUUGAGUCUUCCUUCCUUGUGAUUUUUUGGAGGCACAGGGGUCGCCUUAUUGGCUGUACUGCUGUUGUCUUCAAAACUCUCUUGUUUGUUUUGUUCAUGUCAUUUCAGUUGCAAUUGUACUUUUGUUUUCUCCUGAUAUUGCGGUCGCCUUCAUUGGUUGCACUGCUGUAUUCAGUGGGAUUGAAUGUCCUGUUGGUCAUUUUUUGUUCGUAAUUUGUUAAUGUCAUUUGUUUAAGGGAGCAGUUGUUUCCUCUUUGGUCAUUUCUGUCUUCCUUUUAAUUUUUGUCCCAUGGUUCGCAUCGACUUUGUCCUUGUGGGUUGCAUGGGAAUUCAAUUUUCCUUCGAUCUUAGUUAACCAGUGGGUUGUUCAUGUCGACAUCAUGUUUAGUUAACAUCAUUUCCCAAGCCAUUCACCAUCAUAGGUUUAGGGACCCCUGGACGUGACGAUGCUUGCAUCUGAUCGUUCCGGCCAUUCAUGGUUGUCUCAUGGCACGGGGGAGAGGAUCGUACUCUCUGUUGAUUUGCUUGCUGUGUAGCAACCCCCUGGGUGCGGCGAUAUCACGGGUCCAGGCUCCAUUGCACCGUCGGAGUCGAUAAGCCCUUCGUCGUUCAACUCAAAAUAAGAUCAAGUGUAGAAUUUUGAUCUUAUUUUUGGUUUAAUUUUAUAAAUUAUUAUACUAAGUUAAAGAUAAAGUUCUGGUGUACAUUGUGGUUAUAUUUUCAAGUUGGAUAGUUUUCGUUAUUUCAAGUUAUUUGCUUGUUUAUAAUCAUUAUUGGUUGAUUCCACGGUUGCUAUCGCUGUAAAAUUCAUUAUUUGGUUUUUCAAAUAUAACUUUUCAUCUGCUGGUCGGAUUCGUUUCAAAUUUGGUGUGUGGAUUGUGAUAUUGUAUCUUGUUAUAUUGUCAUUGUCUGGAUUAUUAUUUGUGCGUCGUUCGUGAAUUAUACUGGCUUUUAAUUUUCGUCCGGAUUAUAUUUGAAUAAAUUAUUACGCAACAGUUUGUAUUAAUAUUGUGAUCCUUGUUCGUCUGUUUCUCGUUUAUGGUUCAUUAUCUGUUGAAAUUGUCGUCGGAUUUGAAUUUAUCUCGCCAGUGGGAACAUUUUGAUAUAGUAUUUGUAUUGUCUUGUUGAUUAUUUCGUGAAAUAUCAGUGGUUUGGAGUCUAGUGCGUAAAGUCCGUGUAUCAUUGUUUAUUUCCCGUCAGAGUUUCGUAUUUCGUCUGUAACUUUCGUGCAGUUUGUGAUAUACACAUAUAACUUGGCUAAUAUAUAGACAUCCUGGCUGUUAACAUCUUCAGCAAGUUUCAAGAGUAUACUGUUUAUAGAAUUCAAACUACAGCUGUUUUGCGGGUUUCCAACGGUCAUUUGACUUUUAAAAUUCCCGGUUAAUUAGUAUUCGGUUUUCGAAGUGUUUAUAUUAUUUGGGGAAUGCCCGUUCAUCGUUAUUGUCUAGCGCUGUGUGUCAUGUGGCGUUAAUAUACGAUUGCGUCUGUAACUUUUCCUGUUCUCUCGUUUAAUUGUUAGAUCUCCUGUAUUUAUUUGUACUGUCAUUCGUUAUUAUGUCAACCCAAGAUUCCCAAUCUCCAUUUGUUAAAUGUUCGGAUUGUAGUUUUAUUACCACCACGCAAGGUCAUUUGGGUAUUCAUCGUUCCAAAAUGCAUCACGCCAAUGUUCCUGACCAUAUUAAAUCGGUCAAUAUUGUCAGACUUUUUCCCGAUGGGAAGUCGUAUCAUUGCUGUUUAUGUAACAAUAUUAUUGGUUCUUUCCCGAAUUUUAAACGGCACUAUCUUAGUAAGCACAAAGGAAUUUCCCUAAAUGUCUCCGGUAAAUGUUCAUUAUGUAAUCGUACUUUUUCUGAUAACCGUGGCGCUGGCGUUCAUCUCCAACGUACCCAUCAUAUUGGGAAAGAUGAUCCCUACCCCCUGUCUCCUACCCCUGUGAUGUCAUAUGUUGAUCAUGGAAUAACAGCAAAUAAUAGUGCCAUCACCCCAUCCAGGCGUAGUCGUAGAUCGAGAGCCGGGUUAUUGCGUGAAGCGUCCGUAUCCAUGUCAAGUAAUUUGUCCAGUCCUGUUCAGUCUAGUAUUACGUCAUUGUUACCUAACGCUGAUGUUCAAGAUGUUAGUAUUCGUGUUAUUUCUUCCACUCAAUCACCCAUGACCCUAUCCCAGUUAGUUAAUCCCUCUUCACCACGAGUCAAUCCCCCCAGUACCUGCAUUCCCACUACUGAUUGUUCAUUGAGAGUACCGACACCUGUCCUUAUUGACCCUGAUCCCGUUGAGGAUGACGUUCCAUCUUCUCCUCCGAGACCUAAUGGUUAUCCCAUCACCUCCAUUCCUUCCCAUCUACCAAAUCUUGAAGCAGUGGUCGUCUUAAGUGAUUGUACUGCUGUGAAUAGCAAUGCUCCAUCUUGUGUUUCCCCUCGUUCACCUAACCCUUCUACUCCUUCUCAAUCCUCCCCUCCAUGGUCAAGUCCCUCAACCCCCCCUAACCUUUCCCAGCAUCGUUCCCUUGAUCCUUCGGUCGCCUUCAGUGGUGGUACUGAUCGUGAUGGUGAUUGUGAUCCUAACCAGCCUUCUAAUCCAAACCCAAACAAUCCCUACUACACUCCAUCCUCACCAGAUUCCGCAUCCCAGAACCCUUUUAUCAUCCCCCCUCCCCUCUCCGAGUCGUUUCUCACGUCCUCAUCAAAUAUGUCAUUGGCUAAUAGUAACACCCCAUCUAGUCAUGCAGACCCUGAUCCUUCGGUCGCCCUCAGCGGUUGUACUGAUCGUGACGGUGAUUGUGAUCCUAGUAAGCCAUCUAAUCAUGUAUCAACUAAUCCUCCCGAAUUAUUACCCUUAAACUCAACGCUUAAUCCGUCAGCUCCUUCCUUCAUAACGCCUCAAACUAAGAAAUUGUAUCCAGUCGAGUUGGUUGACCUUGAUCCUGAGGAUGAUGACGAUGAUGACUUAGAACAUUCCAGACCUAAUUCCACUACAUCUCCAUCUACACCCUAUCUUGAUAUCAACAACAGCACCAUUCAAUCCGAUGAUAAUCCAUUAAUAGACAAUGAUCCUCCUCUCCCCACUGACAUCCCUAUUAACCCUAGUUCGAAUAGCAUCAAUCAGUCUGAAUUCGUCAACUCCUGGUCUAGUCGUAUCAAGUCAACCGAUUCCUUCGAAGCAUUUUCUUUCCAAUGUGAAAAGUUUGCGGAAGCGGUAGUUGAGGAGGCGAAGACGAAACCAAUUAAUGCAUCCCGGCCUAGACAAAGACCUAAUCGGCCCAAUAAUAGAAAUGUUAACAACCACCGUCCAAGAGUUCUCCCCAACCCCAUCGCUGCGAGAAGAAUCCAAACCCUAUAUAGAUUGUCUAAGAAAAGAGCAGCAAGACAAAUACUAAACGACAACAACACGGUCUAUUCCGGUACGAAUGAGCAAGCUAAGGAUUACUUUACUAACACUUUCUCUGCUAACCCUAUUAACAUUGAUGAAGUAUUGGAGUCAUUAAACCGUCAUGUUCCAACUGCUAAUGAAGAUCCCUCUGUUAUGGAGCCCAUGAGUGAAAAGGUUAUUAAGAACAAACUGAAAAGUAUGUCCAACUCGGCCCCGGGGAAAGAUCGCGUCGAGUAUCGCCACCUUAGACAGGUUGAUCCAGAGUGUAAAGUUCUUGCAUGUAUCUUCAACAAAUGUUUAAAUCAAAAGCAAGUACCAUCGAUUUGGAAAGAGUCCACCACGAUCCUAAUAUAUAAGAAAGGAAACAGUGAUGACGCCAGUAAUUUCCGUCCCAUAGCUUUAAUGUCUUGUUUAUAUAAACUUUUCACUGCUAUCUUAGCCUCCCGUGCCACCAAUUUUGCAAUAAAUAAUAAUCUUAUGUCGCAUCAACAAAAGAGUGCUAGACCGGCUGAAGGGUGCCACGAGCAUACAUUUACUUUACAAUCCAUAAUAGCAGAUUGCAAAAGGAACACGAAAGACUGUUACAUCGCAUGGCUUGAUCUUAGAAAUGCUUUUGGUAGUAUUAACCACGAAGCUAUAUACACAACACUAUGUCAUAUGGGCUUUUCAAAUUCAUUUAUUGAUUUAAUUAAAGACAUAUACACAGACAGUACAACCGUUGUCAGAACGUCACGUGAUGAAGAAACUCCACCUAUCAACAUUAAUGCUGGUGUUAAGCAGGGAUGUCCCAUUAGCCCAGUCCUAUUUAACCUUACGUCAGAGUUGCUUAUCAGAUGCAUCAUUUCAAAGUGCGAGGAAAAUCCCAACAUUCCUUUUAAGAUCCACAACCAUCCAGUAUCCAUCUUGGCAUAUGCGGAUGACCUGGUUAUCAUUAGUCGCACUAAAGAAGGACUACAAGAUCUCCUAUCUGAAGUAUCUAUGGCUGCGAAUGUGCUAAAUCUCUCGUUCCGACAGGACAAGUGUGCCACUCUUUGCUUGACGUGCUCCAGUAAAUAUCCAUCCAGAGUUUCUGAAUUCCAGUUUGUUGUCCAGAACGGUGAAAUUCCGUACUUGAAAAAAGAGGAAUCGUAUCGUUACUUAGGUGUUCCAAUUGGCUUAUUAUAUGAUGCGUCUGAUAUGAAAUCCAUCACGGACAGACUUAUAGCCGACCUAGAAAAAAUACACGUUUCCCUUCUGGCCCCAUGGCAAAAACUGGAUGCGAUACGAACAUUCAUACAACCUGGUCUCACGUACGCUCUUAGAUCAUGCCCGGUAUCACGAGAGUCGCUGAAAGAGUAUCGUUCUAAGUUAGUUGGUAUUUUAAAAUCAAUAUGUCACUUACCCAAGAGAGCGUCCAACUCAUACCUUUUUGCAGAUAAAUCGGUUGGUGGGCUUGGCUUUCAAGAUCCGUUCGAUGAACGUCACGUGCAAACAAUAGUACAUACGGUUAAGAUUAUCUCAGCUUCUGAUCCUUUAAUUGUUAAUAUCUCUCGUGACCAGCUUACCUCAGUUGUCAAGAGAUGUGUCAAGUCCAAAGAUAUCUCAUCCAGUAAAGUUAUUGAUGGUUUCCUCUCUGGUUCACAAGAUGGUUCCCUUGCCAAUCAUCAGAAUUCUAGUAUUACCCUCUGGUCCAGAUGUAGAAUUUCCUGUAGAGCCUUAAAUGUUUUAAUCCAUGAUGCCAUGGGAAAAAUUUCCAUCUCGAUGAAUGAAUCAACCACAGAGGGUGAUAAGAAGGUAGCCUCAUUUCUCCACCGUCACAUGAAAUUAAAACAUGCCAGUAUAUUGAAGUCGCUCAAAGACCAAGGCAAAGUGGCCAGAUGUCUUGAAUCAUGCCGUUUAAUUAGUACCAAUAAUUGGUCAUUUGACGGUACUGGUCUUCGGUUUUGUGAUUGGAGAUUUAUCCAUCGAGCGAGGACAAACACCUUACCAACAAAUGAUGUCAAGAGCCGCUGGUCGGAAGCUAGUCCUGUCUGCAGAAGAUGUCACAGCCUAAACGUUAAUGAAACACUUCCACACAUAAUAUGUCAUUGUAAACCGAACAUGACGGCUAUUACUGCCAGACAUAAUCGUAUAUUAAAUCGGCUUACUAAUGCUAUACACCUUGGUGAAGUAACAAUUGAUCAAGUCGUUCCAGGUGCCCCAGGUUUAAAUCGCCCUGACAUUGUUGUUAGAUCGGGUAACAAAGUUAUAAUAAUCGAUGUUACGUGCCCGUUCGAGAAUGAUGAUUCCUCCCUAGAAAUGGCAGCCCAACGAAAGGUGAAUAAAUAUGACUAUCUGAUUGAUCACUUCCAACAACACAAUCAAGAUGCCAAAGUGUUUGGGUUCGUAGUAGGUUCUCUUGGUGCCUGGUUUAAUGGAAAUGAGAACGUUUUAAAUGAACUUCAAAUUAACAGUCGUUAUAGAACUCUAUUUAGGAAACUUUGUUGUGCUGACGCAAUUCGUGUGUCAAGAAACAUUUAUGUGCAACACCUCACUGGUGUUCCACAGUGACUAUAUAGUAUAUUAAUGGUUAACACCGAACGCUAUCGUGAACUUUAAAAUAUAUAUAUUUGUAAAUAACUCUAAAUGCAACGUCAAACUAACCAGCACCUAGUCCAGUGUCUGGAGUUUAAAAGGGUUGCCAGUAAUGCCAAUCGAUGUAAUACUCUAUAGUUUUCCAAUCAGCUAAGCCAAUCAAUGUAAAUAAUUUCUAUACCUUAAUAAAAAAUUUCUGUUCUUAUCAGCUUAAUAUCUGAUAUGUUAGGCAAUGCCUAACUCAUAUAUUAAACUGAUUUUUGGACUUCGGCCAUGGGAUUGAAGCUUGCUUCGCCCUGGCCACGGGUUGUCUCGGUAUUGCACUACAUCCGAGUACGGCCCCUUCCCCACUCGGGGAAGAACAUUGUUUUUAUUUCAAAUCAAACUAUAAAGCAAUCUCUACUUUAUUAGACGAUUACACACACUUGAGUACUUUUCACAUGCCGAUCGAUUUAUAUUCGAAUACCACGUGAAAUAAUAUAUCAUGGCUUUCUCAUGCAUAUAUAACAUACAUAUCAUAUGACUUGUAACACUUUAUUAUUUAUCCUAUGCCGAUAUUUCACACCGGCCUUGUGAGCGUGUUUUCGUUCAGCUAUGAACCGAAUCAACUACAUCUAAUUUUAACUAACAUACUUUUUCAUUCUCUAGAUCGCGGCACAUGAUGUUCAAGACAAGAGGGAAACCCCCGAAGUACCACAAUCGCGUGUCAUCAUCAUCGCGUAUAUAAGGUGAGCGGCGCAAACAACAGCAUACUUACCUGACGCGAGAGGCACCUUGAUCAACUAGGAGGUCCUCUCAGGAUGAGGCCCUUUCAUUGCACUUCGACUGGGUUGACUCCUGCGAUUACCCCUAAUGUGGGUAACUCGAGCGUAUAAUUUCUGGUAGUGGGGACCUGCGUUCGCGCUCGUCCCCUUCAACAUAUAAUAUUCAUGUAUAAAGCCCGUGUUCGUUUCUUAACACCGCCGUGUGUGUCGAUUGUUUUUGUAUAGAAUCCCAUGUCAAACAUAUCGCUUAUCACAGAAGACACUCUUUAUAUAUUCUCCGUGCCGAAAUCUCUCCAUCUCCAGUUCAUAUUACAUG